ACUCCAAGCUACAGCUGCUGAUCGACGACUCGACUCGGGUGUAAUUACAGUUCAUCGUUCUUUUGCCAAAACUUUAAAGUGAAAAUGUGGCGGUUUAAUCGAAAGGUGCUUUCUAUUCUGCUGAUUGUAAUCGGCUUUUCAUCUGCCGUUUGUUUUGGAUCAGAGAUAAGUCCAUUUGAGCCGCUUGCUGGACCAGUUCCCAAUCAGAAAACCUGUCCUGGUCUAUACUGUGGCAGAAAACUUUUAUUGGACAGUCAGGACAACUUUACAUACAGCUCUUGUGGUGCUUGUGAUCGUAGUGAACGUCCUAACAAUUCUUCCAUCUGUAUACCAUGUAAUGGAACUCCAGACCUGUAUGACUGGAUGUACUUGGGCUUCAUGGUCCUUGUUUCACUGACAUUACAUAUCUUCUUCAUUGAUUACUUCUCAGAUGGUAAAAGCAAAGCAAUGACGCUUCACAUCUCUGCUACAUUAGAGUGUGCUGUUUCUAGCAUUGUCACAUUGCUUAUACUAGAUCCAGUCGGUUCACCAAAGCUUAGGUCUUGUGAUGUAGCAAAGCUGUCUGAUUGGUAUACCAUGCUUGAGAAUCCACAACCACAAUACACUUCAACUCUACACUGUACACAAGAAGCAGUCUACCCUCUGUAUACGGCAGUCUUUAUUUAUUACAGCAUUCACCUAGUUCUAAUGAUGUUAGUGAGACCAGGUCUGUCCAUCAAAUUCUCUGAUAACCUUGGAAGAAGUUCUAUAUAUGCUGCCCUCUACUUCAUUCCGAUCCUCACCGUCAUGCAUGCGGUCUUCGCUGGCCUUAUUUAUUAUUCUUAUCCAUACUUGACAUUGAUAAUAUCAUUGGUGACACAUGCUGUUCAUUUUGCCAAGGAGGAAAUAGAGACACCCAGACUGCUGAUCAGUAAGAAGCGAAAUCCUGUAAUACUGUUCAUCCAUUGGCUGAUGCAUGCAUAUGGAAUCAUUGCUUUAACAAGGCUGCAGAAUCCAGUCUUAUAUGGACCUAUGUUAGCAUGUAUCCCAUUUCCUGCUAUUUUCUACAUUGUCACAGCAAGAUUUGCAGAUCCCUCGCAGUUAUUGGCUACAUGAUCAUCAUCUCUGCACUUUGAAAAGGUUUUAUAAGUGGACUAUAUAGAGGUUUGUAAGUGCAUUUUAUAAAGGUUUGUAAUUGCACUUAAUGAAGGUAUUAUGAUCUAGUGAGUAAACUCCUGGACGGUAGGCAUUGUCCUACAAGUACCGGUACUGGUUCUGCUGCGGCAUGCGCAUAUUUUGGCAAGAAGUUCAAUCCAACAUUAUUUCCAAAGGAACAAGCAUCAGUAACAUUUAUAAAAGUUGUGAUGCAAUGGAGGCGCGAUAGCUCAGUCGGUAGAGCGGGGGACUCGUAUUCCGGUGACCCAGGUUCGAUUCUCACUUGGUGCGCUAGUGCCCUUCGGUAAGGCAUUAAUCCUCAGUACCAGGUCCUUCGGAGAGGACCUUAAGCCGUCGGUCCUCUGGUUGCUUGCUUACAAGCAUUCAUGCUUUCUUAGCAAUCAGGUAAAAAAUCACCACCAAUACCAAUACAUGUAACAAAUCGGUAAGCAAAGCUUGUAAGAAGUGCACAUAUACAUACAUUAAAUUCCCAAACUGUAGAUAAUGUUCUACAAGUACUUGUCCUGAUGCGGCAUGCGCUUUCUUUGGCAAAAAGUUAAUGCAUUAUGGUCUAGUGAGUAAACUCCUGGACCAUAAAUAAUGUUCUAGAAGUACUAGUUCUGUGUUAAUAUGUGCUUUCUUUGGCAAGAAGUUCAUACAGUGUGGUCCAGUGAGUUAACUCCUGGACCAUGAAAAUUGUUAUACAAGUACUUGUCUUGCUGCGGCAUGUGUUUUCUUUGGCAAGAAGUUCAUACAUUGUGGUCUAUUGAGUAAACCCCCAGACCGUAGAUAUUGUUCAAGUACUUGUUUUGCUGUGGCAUGCGUGUCCUUUUGCAAGAAGUUCAUACACUAAAUUCAUGGACUGUAGAUAAUGUUCCACAAGUUUCUACAAGUACUAGUCCUGCAUCGGUUCCAUGACAAUUGCUCCGCCGACAUCUGCUCCGCCGACAAUUGCUACGCAAAAUACGACAACUGCUCCGCCGACAAUUGCUCCGGACAGUUGCUCCGCCGACAGUUGCUCCGUCGACACUUGCUCCGCCGAUAUUUGCUCCGUCAACACUUGCUCCGCCGAUAUUUGCUCCGUCGACAUCUGCUCCGCCGAUAUUUGCUCCGCCGACAGUUGCUCCGCCGAUAAUUGCUCCGCCGACAUCUGCUCCGAUUUUACGACAAUUGCUCCGCGACAAUUGCUCCGCCGAUAUUUGCUCCGCCGAUAAUUGCUCCGCCGAUAAUUGCUCCGCCGAAAAUUGCUCCAAUUAUACAACAUUUGCUUCACGACAAUUGCUCCGCAGUCUAUUGCUCCGCCGUCAUGUGCUCUGAUAACACAAUUGUUGUUUUGUUCUUAUUAUUUUUAUCUAUUUAUUUCAUUCUCCCCUAUCAUCACAGCUUUCUGCUUAAAAAAACAAAAUUGUUCUCCCUGCCGCAGCCACUGUCUUGACAAAUUGUAACGCAGAAGGGGAAUGACACACUCCCCAUUGGAAUUGUGAAUCUGGAUUUUUGUUCAUAUAUUAUUAUCAUUGGUUUCAAUCCGGUCUUGAGCGGGGAGAGAAUGGGGGGGGGGGGUGCUGGACACAAU